UCAAAGUUAUGCUACUUUCUCAGAUUAAUUCAUACCAAAGUAUGUUGAUAAAAUAUUUUCCGAAGCGUUACAUGAUUGUAACUCUAACUUUCAUCAGCACAUGCAUUUGCUACAUAGAACGUGUAGGAUUUUCGAUUGCAUACACCGCUGCAGCAGAUGCUUCCGGUAUAAGUCAAUCAAACAAAGGCACCAUUCUCUCUACAUUCUAUUAUGGCUAUGCCUGUUCACAAAUUCCUGGAGGUUGGGCAGCUCAAAAGUUUGGAGGAAGGUCUGUUCUCCUCAUCUCAUUUGUUUCAUGGUCCUUAACAUAUGCUUUUGUCCCUCUGGACCCUAAAAAUGUCAAAACUAUGGUUUUGGCUCGGUUGCUUGUUGGUGUGGCACAGGGGUUCAUGUUCCCUUCCAUCCACUCUGUUCUCGCUCAAUGGGUUCCACAAAAUGAGAGGUCCAGAUCAGUUUCCCUCACAACUUCUGGGAUGUACCUUGGUGCAGCUGCAGGUAUGCUUGUGGUUCCAACCCUAGUGAAGUUGACAAGCCCCCAAUUUGUGUUUUUGGGUGAAGCAACUUUAGGGACUAUUUGGUCAGUGCUUUGGUUAAACUAUGCUAGUGAACCACCAAUUCAAUUGUCUAAGCAAAAUGGAGCAUUUCCUAAUUCUACUAGAAAAACCAAAAUUCCAUGGAAGAGUAUUUUUAAAAGCUUACCUAUUUGGGCUAUUGUGGUGAACAAUUUCACUUUCCACUAUGCUUUGUAUGUCAUGAUGAAUUGGCUUCCAACAUACUUUGAACAAGGCCUGAAGCUUAGUCUUCAAGAAAUGGGGACUUACAAAAUGGUGCCUUAUUUCAACAUGUUCAUGUUCUCAAACAUUGGUGGAUUUGUAGCUGAUUAUUUAAUCACAAAGAGGCUCAUGUCUGUGACUAGAACUAGAAAGUUCUUGAACACUUUAGGGUUCAUGGUUGCUUCUAUUGCAUUGAUGGCACUGCCCAAAUUCAGAACUUCAACUGCGGCUGUGAUUUGUUCUUCAUUUGCACUUGGGUUUUUGGCUUUAGGCAGAGCUGGGUUUGCAGUGAAUCACAUGGACAUUGCUCCAAGGUAUGCAGGAAUUGUGAUGGGUGUGUCUAACACAGCUGGUACAUUAGCUGGGAUAAUUGGGGUUGAUCUCACUGGGAAACUUUUAGAAGCUUCUAGAUCUGCUCACGAUUCGGAUCUUUCGAGUCCAGAAAGCUGGACAUCAGUUUUCAUGAUUCCUGGGGUGCUUUGCAUUUUCAGCUCAAUCGGGUUUUUGAUCUUCUCAACUGGGGAGAGGAUUUUUGACUGAGUUAGGCUUGUUAUGGAACUUGGAAGCAGAUAAAUGAAUUGAACAGGAAAAGGCCUGCAUUCUUGUGAUUUGUAGAUAAAUGAACUGAACCUUUAGAUCAAAGUUUUAGCAUUGAGUGAAUUUUGAAGGUUUUUUAAUAUUCAGCCUGAUUAACUUGAAGCUCAUUUUAGAGCAUAAUGAGUUGGAGCCUCUGCAAAACUUUAAGUAUUCUUCUCCAAAUCAAGCAUAGUUUCAGAUGCCAUAAAGGAAAUCCUGUCAGAAAUCAACCAUUUGGUUUAUUGUAUCAUAUUCCUAUCAUGAAAGAACU